UCACAUCGACAUGGACACCACAGCAGAAACCACACGGCGCGUUUAGAGUUUACGCAACACAUCCUUUUCUUCCUGCAUGGAUCUUUAUCCAAGCCGAGGAGCAUUUCAUCGAGCCUUUUGGGGUUUCCCAGGAUCUGGGAGUUAAAAACACGCGCGUUAGAAAGACGAGCUCUGAAACCCGUACUAUAAGUUCUUUCUUAUAUAAGAUGCAUGGAAUGAGAGGAAAGGAAUAAGCAGAUGGAAGAACAGUAAGGAGAAGGGGUUUUUCCCCCGCCUUAAGGAGAGUAUACUCGGUUCUUGGGAAUAACAUUUUUGCCUGCAUAACGCACAAAUCAUGCAAUCUGGAAAUGAUGUGCUUUACAUCAGUAUUCUUCAUUUAUUCUUUCUUUCUGCAUUUAUUCUUUCUUAAUUUAAUGUAUCAAUGUGACUGAACCACAGCCGUGCGCUUUGGAUGACUCCGGAUGGCUCUGCUGGAAAGCAGAACAUUUCAGUGCACAGAGAAUUGGAGGAACAAUUACGUGACUUUUGAUAUGCAAGAACAUAAUUUGGAUGCAGCAAGGAAACCAACUGAUGUCGCAACAUGUCUUCAAAGAACAUCGUGGGAAAUAAAUGUUUGAGAUUUUGGCUGUGAGAAUAAUAAACCAAACCUCACGUACAGAACAGGAAGAUGCCAAUGAUCUUAUCAUCUAUCAGGCUCUGUUCUCAGUCUUUCAGUGGGUUCCUGCUUCUUAUGAUGCAGUGACUUCUGGAAGGAAAAAAAAAAACUUGCAGUGAUGGAUUUGAACUUAACAGUGAUUGACAGCGGUUUGUUGGAGAGUGACCAAUCAACGCGAGUUCUCACUGGCUGUUUCCUGUCUCUCCUCAUUCUUUCCACACUGCUGGGAAACACGCUAGUUUGUGCAGCAGUCACGAAAUUCCGUCAUCUCCGCUCCAAAGUCACCAACUUCUUUGUCAUCUCACUGGCUGUGUCAGAUCUAUUGGUUGCCAUCUUGGUCAUGCCUUGGAAGGCUGUAACGGAAAUCGUUGGCUUCUGGCCUUUUGGAUCAUUCUGUGACAUCUGGGUGGCUUUUGAUAUCAUGUGCUCAACAGCAUCCAUCCUCAACCUUUGUGUUAUCAGUGUAGACCGGUACUGGGCCAUUUCCAGCCCAUUCCGCUAUGAGAGAAAGAUGACUCCCAAGGUGGCAUUUGUGAUGAUCAGCACGGCUUGGACGCUGUCUGUGCUCAUCUCCUUUAUCCCAGUGCAACUGAACUGGCACAAGGCACAGCCAGCGAGCUUCCCGUUGCAGAAUGAUUCUCAUGGGGCACCUUUAAUGGACAACUGUGACUCUAGCCUCAACCGAACCUAUGCCAUUUCCUCCUCCCUCAUCAGCUUCUAUAUCCCAGUGGCCAUCAUGAUUGUGACCUACACACAGAUUUACAGAAUAGCUCAGAAGCAGAUUAAGAGGAUCUCUGCGCUGGAGAGGGCUGCUGAGAGCGCCAAGUUCCGGCACAACAGCAUGGGCAGCAACUGCAAUAUGGACUCUGAGAGCUCCUUUAAAAUGUCUUUCAAAAGGGAGACCAAGGUGCUAAAGACCCUGUCGGUUAUAAUGGGAGUGUUUGUGUGUUGCUGGUUGCCCUUCUUUGUCCUUAACUGCAUGGUGCCAUUUUGCGAGCGUAACCUUCCAUGUAUCAGUCCCACCACCUUUGACAUCUUCGUGUGGUUUGGAUGGGCAAACUCUUCUCUCAACCCCAUUAUAUAUGCCUUCAAUGCAGACUUUCGCAGAGCUUUUGCCAUUCUCUUGGGCUGCCCUAGGCUUUGCCCAGGUCACAGUGUCAUAGAGACACAUAGCCUAAAUAAAAAUUGAAAUGACCCUGCUACACGAUUUUCUUCCUCCAUGGGGUCAGAGGAUAUUCUUACUAUGUGGGGGACCCUGCUCUAAAAUACAGCCUAUAGCACAUUCCCCUGUGCCAGAACAAUCAUGUGUACAAGAGGGGUGAAGGGAUUUGGGAUUAAGGCUCUGAGAAGAAAGCCCUACUGCUGUGCUGGGCACCAGUACUGAUGUUUCUGUUAAGGGGAUAAUCUUUUUGACAGGUAAUGCUCCUGACUCCAAAGACUGAUUGCCUUGAAAUCCUGCAGCUAUGGACUAUUUCAGGCAUGAGCAAAUUAUACAACUUUAAGGGACGAGGCCCUUAGGUAUUUUAUAUUUCCUUCCCUAUGAAUAUGUUUCACUUGUGGACCUUAAGAACUAUAAUGAACAAAGAAGAAUGUUUUUAUGGAAAGGAGGUCAAAUGUGACUGAAACCUGCAUAAGGAACAGUCUAUAUAUGAACUGGAAUUGAAACUAAUGACUUCAGCUGGGCAAACACAGAAUACAAUGGGAUGUAUGUUCUGUAGUGCUCUUUUCUCUGCAGCUCAUUUCCAGUUUUUAAGCUGGUCUUUCAAAGAUAAAGACACAUCAGUAUAAGGAUUAAUUUUUGGCAUUCACAUCGAAUUAUUUCCUGUUAACAAAUGUCUUAAUUAACUGGAUUAGAUUUUUUGAAUUCUUGCAUAACCAAGCGCAACAAAUGUUUGUAGGAAAUAUAAACAGAACAGUAUGAAGAAGAGAGGCUAGGGCUGUUUUCUUUCUAGCCCAGACUAAAGAUACAUGCAGCAGACAGAGACAGUUGUGUGAGUUGAUUACAAAGAGUGAAACACCCCCUAGAUUUGAUCUCCAUUUGCACUUCACUGACACAUCUGUAACACAACAUCAGCAGUGAUUAAUGAAACUUUCAGGAAUUCUACAUUAUGAUAUUUGGCAGACGCCCUUCUCCAGAACGACUUACAUUUAUCUCAUUUAUACAACUGAGCAGUUGAGGGUUAAGGGUCUUGCUCAAGGGCCCAGCAGUGCCAGCUUGGCAGUGCUGGGAUUUGAACUCACAACCUUCCUAUCGUUGGACGUCUUAACCUCUGAGCUACCACUGCCCAAUUUGAAUCAUGAACUCAGCUAUAUGUCGUAAUAGCGUGUAUGUAAUAGUUCGCCCCACAUCAUUAUUAUUAUACCAUCAAUGAGACCUUGUGCUAUAAUGCAUUACUCAACCCUAAUAGUUUCAUUGUUGAGCCAAUAAUAGAUAUUAGAUUGUAACCCUUCCAUCUAAUAUCUCAACCAACCAUCACUGCUAGCAAGGAACUGUAUUUGGGUUUAUUUCUUGGUCAAUAAUUGAAACAUCAAGAUGAAUAUAACCUGGUUGCAGAAAAUAAAAAUCUCCCAGUUUUCAUAACAUAUCCCUUAAACCUCACUAUUCAUAAGAUGAAGCUUUAUAUCCUAUCUUGUUCCAAAACAAGUGGGCAGAUGGUCAAUUACGAGAUGGUUGUUCCGUGAUUGUCAUUAUGAAUAUGUAUGCAGUUCAUUGGUGCCUGUGCUCCUCUAAACUUGCUUUUCUAUCACAAAACUCAGACAGCUAACGACCAAGACAAACAGAACAGAUGGCCAUUAAAUAUGAAAGCAGAGGUGGAAAUGAACAAUGAUGAGUGUAUGAAUGUGUGAUGGGUUCAUUGUUAUUAUGACCGCUACUGUAUUCAGAAGAUGCCUAUGCUGCUCAAAGGAUAUUCUACCUUCAUCUCAAUAGUAAACAGCAUCCAUAGCUAUAUGAAUUAAUGUGUGUUAUGUGCAGUUCUACAAUGUGGCUAUAUUGCUAAAGUGCUUUGGGAACAAGAACUGACAAUGUUUCAGGGAAAUGGUGGUUGAAUUUUAGGAGUGCACAAAAGUUGACCUCAGCUCCUUCUUGUUUGGGAGUGAGAAUAUGAUGUUAGAGGUGUGCUUAGAAUAUCAAAGUGUUUACAGAACGGAAGAUGUUUCACUCCCUCUAUAAGGCCCUGUUUACACUAGUACGUUUUUGUUUUAAAUUGAAAACGAUCCUCGUCCACACUGGCGUUUCUGCUGCACGACCGAAAGCGCAUGUCAUGUGACCAUUCAUGCAUAGUGGGCAUGAAUGAACUAGUGUAAACAGGAAGUUGGUUGCUAAUCCAAACCGGCGUUCCAUGUAGGGCUUAUGCCGCUGGAAAUGAGAUUUGUUGGCGAUUUCUCUAAUCAUAGCUCGCCUCUUGCGCAUGUAGGCAGCUGCAGUUUUAUAAAAUACAGAAUUUAACUGCACAGUGGCUGCUAAGAAUGACAACAAAGCCAGCAAAGCUUGCGGUUCAGUCUCCGUGUUGUUGUAUAUACAAUCAAAGUAGCGUAAUGGUCAUAUGGUAGGGGCUUGACGAAUCAGGGAAGGAUACGCAAUGAUCCAGAAGAGCCAAUCAGGGGGAGAAUCUGGGUGAAGCCACGCCUUCGUUUUCAAAAGUCUUCGUUUUGGUCUGUUUACACUGAAACGCCGGAGUAGUGUAGACGACAGGCGUAACCGUAGCAACAGUUAUGCGUUUUAAAACGAAAACGCACUAGUCUAAACAGGGCCUUAGACUUUGGUGUUUAACUCAUGAUAGAAUGCCAGUAAUGAACUUGAUGCUCAUCCAUCAAGAACAUUUUAGUACACAAAUUAGCAAAACAAAUUCCUGUAAUUUGAAGCAGUAAAAUAAGAACAAGUUAUCAACAUGUUUCAUCAUCUUACUGUAUCACUGUUGAAACUGGUAAAAGUGGUGUAUAUUCACUACGGCUGUUGGAGAUGAACUCUAGGUGAUUUAGCUAUCACGAUAAAUGUACUAUUAUGCUGUAUGUAAUAUGAGACAUUAAGUUAAAAAUCUGCUAAAUUCAUUGUGAUGUACAAGUAUUUUUAUCUCAGCCUGCGCUUUGACCAAAGCUGGACUUCGUCAAUACUGUUCAGUGAGUAGAAAGACCCAGAUUAAUUAAGUGGUUAUGGUAUCUGCACCCACAGUGUCAGAAACUUGCCCCUGACUUUCGCUGAAUAAAAAUUUAUGU